ACUGAACACUCUAACAACAGAAUAAUCAGAGAAGCCAUCGAGAUAGAAAAACGCCCACACAGCAUGAACAAACGAGAUGAUACCUCCCGCCUACCAGCCAUUUGGAAACCCGCCCUUAUUGACAAACGAGUCCCUAACACGAGGAAUGACACCAGACCCACACUCACGAGGUCCACACAGGAUGUCACCACCACACAUCCACCCAGAAAGCAGACCCAAACCCACACUGAUCAGGAAGCACGACCAAGGACCAGAAGCCAGACCGCAGCUGCAACAUUAGCCAUUUCAAACCCCUCCAAUCCAUACAUACAGCAGACAGACACCCACUAUGAAGAUGAAGCACGACCAAGGACCAGAAGCCAGACCACAGCUGCAACAUUAGCCAUUUCAAACCCCUCCAAUCCAUACAUACAGCAGACAGACACUCACUAUGAAGAUGUAGCACGACCACAAACACGAAGCCAAACAACAGCAAUGCAGCUCACCAGCUCAAAUCCCCCUGCAACUCAGACUAAUCUGAGCACAACCAAGCCGCCACCCAAACAGGACACACCCCCAGCCAAUCAGAGCACAAAAAAACCCCAUCCAAUCAGAGCACAGCCAAGCUCCCACCCAAUCAGUUCAAACCCCCACUAGCAGUUAAAAAGGAAGAAACAGCUGCAAUCACACAUUGCUCCCAGAAGCACGAAGCUGAAGCCUGAAGAUGACAAAUGAGACUUCGUCGAAACGUCGCCAAGACACUUCCAAUUUUACGCGGGAGAAAACCCGAAUAACCAAAGA